AUGGGUGCCGACUGGAACCCGGGUGGCCAACAACCAUAUAAUGGCAAUGCCAUAGUGGGAGCUACUGCCGCCAUUGCUGUGGUGCAAAUUGUCUUCGUUGCAGGGAGGUUCUAUACUCGGUUUAUGCAACGGAUGAAAAUUGGUGUCGAUGACUAUCUGAUCCUACUUGCCCUGGCUGCAAGUUUGGCAGAAUCAGUGCUCUUUAUUGUCUUGGCCAAGAUCGGUGUAGUUGGGUACCACUUCGACUACAUAUAUCGGAUGCCUGAUAAAGUGGCUCUCACGAGAAAGUGUAUCCUUGCCUUCGAAGUCCUCGAUUACCCUCUCAACAUCACUAUGGCCAAAAUGGCCCUGUUAACAUUCUAUCUACGCAUUUUUACAACCCGAAAGUUCCAGAUUCUAGUCUACAUAGUAGGCUCACUUGUUCUCGCGGUGGGGGUCAGUGUUCUCCUGGAGAACUUCCUCCAAUGUCGACCAUUCGCGUACAUGUGGAAUCGAAGCAUCCCCGGUGGAUCGUGCAUCGAUCCAGUCGACGCUUAUCGGAUUCUUGCCCCAUUCAAUGUCCUCACUGGUGUGUUAAUCCUUGUGAUGCCAAUUCCAACUGUGUGGAAUUUGCAUACAUCUAGAAAACAGAAACUGGCCUUGACGGGUGUUUUUCUGUUGGGUGGACUAGGAAAUGUGGCCAGCAUCUUGAGAAUGGCGAUGUACUUUGCCGAAUCAGGUUUCGCUAAGGAGGACCCAACGUGGUUCGCGGCGAAAUUUGGUAUCCUAACGGUCCUCGAAGGAGGCUUGAUUAUCAUCGCUGCUUGCAUUAUCAGCAUUUGGCCCCUUUUCACUCAAGUCAUGCCACGGCGAGUCAUGCCCCGGCGUUUUCACACAACAUUCUCUCGCUCCGCGUCUCGCAGAACUCAACACAUGGCCUGGUAUUUGAGAAGAAUACCGACAAAUAGUGAAAGCCAGGAAGGCCUUGCGCGUCCUAAAGAGGUUAGUUCGCCCAAAAAGAAAUCUUGGAGUAGCUUGCCGUCCUUGCCUUCCUCGCCUUCCUCGCCUUCCUCGUUAGCAGAUUUGGAGGAUCAGAGAUGGUCAAUCCUUAUGGACGAGGAGGUGAGUGGCUCUCAUAAAACGGUUGCGCGGACUCAUUAA